AUGGAAGAUAAUUCCCGUUUUUUAUAUUUUGGCUAUGGCUCCAAUAUGAGCGGAGAUCGACUACGAUUAAAUUCCCCUUCUGCAGAAUUUUGUUGUAUAGCUAAAUUAGAGAAGUAUAAAUUAAGAUUUGGUUAUAGUAAAUAUGGUCCAAGCAAGUUAUGGCACGGUGCUGUAGCGUCGAUUGUUCCUGACGAAACAGAUUACGUCUUCGGAGCUGUUUGGAGCUUGAGCAAUGAGAAUAUGGUAACUUUGGACAGACAAGAAGGUGUUAGUUUAGGCAUUUAUCGACCAUUUGAAGUUGAGGUUACGACAAUUGAAGGCAAACUAAUCAGAUGCCGAGUAUACGAACUUAUCAAUCCUCAAUUAGGAAAUAGGCCAUCUCCUCAAUAUCUAGACGUGAUUCUUACAGGAGCUCGGCAAUUGAAGAUUCCUCCCGAGUAUUUAAACCGACUGGAGCAGAUCGAGCACAAUGGUUAUAGCGGUGAAGUUCAUCUUCAAAGGCAGACAGAAGAGAGCGCUCAGAAUGCUGAUGUUGUAAAUAAUUAG